GCCGGGCGGGCGGGCGGAGCCGAGCGGAGCCGCCGAGCGCAGCCGUGCCGAGCCCCGCGCAGCCCCGGCAUUGUGCGGGCGGGCGCCCCGACACACGGACCGAGCCGCCGGCCGCGCCGAGCGCCGCGUUCCCCGCCGAGCCCGCCGCCCCCCAGCAGCAUGUCGGGCCGGUCGGUGCGGGCCGAGACCCGGAGCCGGGCGAAGGAUGAUAUCAAGCGGGUGAUGGCGGCCAUCGAGAAAGUGCGCAAAUGGGAGGUCAUAAUUCUGUGAUUUUCACCAAACUCUGUUGCAAUGCAAGUGAGUGUGAUGUGAUAAAUUCAGCAUUAUGACGUCACUUCGUGAUCACCAGCAGAAGAUGGGGGAGAAGAAGUGGGUGACAGUUGGCGACACAUCCCUAAGGAUUUACAAAUGGGUACCAGUAACAGAGCCUAAAGUGGAUGAUAAAAAUAAGAAUAAGAAAAAGGGCAAAGAUGAAAAAUGUGGCUCUGAAGUGACCACUCCAGAGAACAGCUCCUCCCCAGGGAUGAUGGACAUGCAUGAUGACAAUAGCAACCAGAGUUCAAUAGCUGAUGCUUCUCCAAUAAAACAGGAAAACAGCAGUAAUUCCAGUCCAGCACCAGAGCAGAACUUGGCAACACAAGCAGACAGCACUGAAGUCAAGUCUGACGAAACUCAGGCAGAGGCAAAGGAGCAGCCUGGUUCAGAAGAUACCUCUGAUGAACAGAAUUCACAGUCUUCAAUGGAGAAUUCCAUGAAUAGUUCAGAGAAAGCAGAAAUUCAGUCCUCUGGAGAAAAUGAUUUAAUUACAGAGGCAUCUAAAAACUCUCAGGUAACUUUAAGUGCAAAUGCCCAAUUGCAUGGAUUUUGGAAGAGUUCAUUUUUACUUAAAAGCAAAUAUAAGGAGGACAGUUGUGUAUUUCUAUUAAUUUCCAAAGUGAGGACACUAAAGCAGCUGUAAAGUAUUAAAUGUGCCUGUUCCUGGUUUUGUGGUCCAGGUGUCUGGCUGCUUGAAUCUCACAGAGUUGGAACAGUAAAACCAGAUUGGUCUGAUGGAUUUCUUGGUUUCUUAAACCAGACCAUGUUUUUUUUUAAGUGAAUAUUAACAUUUUACAUUAAUAAAUUGCUUGGAACAAACCUACUGGACCCUUUGAGGACCAUUCAGAAGUAGAACACCUUCUGUAAAGGUAAAUGUUUAUGGCAGUUAGGAGAGUUAAUUUGUGGAUGCUUGGGUGUUUGUUUACUCAUUGAAACAGUGCGAAAUUCUGGGUGGGUGGGAGGAAGAAAUUAUCCUUGCAGUUGUGCCCUUCUCAGGGCAGGACAAGGGCAGAUCCUCAGGCAGAGCCCUGCUCCUCCUGGUUUUCCUGUGGGUCCUCAAUUUCAGUGCACCCUCCAUCGAGGCUGUUCCUUUGGAAUAUUCACUGUGGGUUUUAGCCUGGAAUUAGAAUUUUGCUCCUUGUAGAUGACAACAAAUGCAAAGAUGCUGAGGUAAGAUGUAAAUAGAGGAGUGAUUUAAGGCAGCACUGAGACACAUUCUGGCAUCCAGGGAUGCUUUUUCUGGGACACAUCACACGCUGGGGAAUUGGUUGGUGCUGUUUGUUUGAUGUUUGUGGUGCCUGAACUUCAGUGCAAUGAUAACGUGGCUGUUUUUCUUUUCCCCCUCAUUAAGGACUCUGAAGGAGUGCCACCUUCUAAAAAGAUGAAAGUAGAGGCUUCCCAACAAAAUGUUGAAGAGAUUUAGACUAUAGAUUUUUCUGGUCAGUUUUUAUGUAAGGUACAUCAGUGGGCUUAAUUAUAGAACAACCUUACUUAAGCAUCUUCUCUUGGAUGAGGACAGAACUCCUAACUUUUCAAGUUACCAAGCAAAAAUCCAAGAAAGCCUAACAAAGGUUUAACUUCUCAGACACUGAAAACUUUUUCCUGUGAAACAAACAUUGAGAACUUUUAAGUUACUGUCUCUGAAUUGGUUGGAGUAAACAACUCAGGAGGGGUCUACGCACUGUUUCUAAAGUCAAAAUUACAAUUAUGUUGCUGCUGUAUUUUUUUUUUUUCAUUUCUCUAUUUAACAUUGUAAGAUAUUUAAGGAUGGUACAGGUCAGGUAUUAGCUUUCAUGUGAAGUUCAUUGUUCUGGCGUGAUGUCUGCUUUUGUUUUGUGCCUUGUGUUCUGAAAACAGUGCUAACUUUUAAAAGUUGUUUUGCAACUGUCUCCUUUGCAAAGUGGCCUAUGUUUGCAUAAUGCCAUGUAGUAAGGCUUUUUUUUCUUUUUUCUUUUUUUUUGUUUUUUUUUUGUUUGGGGUUUUUGUUUUGUUUUUAAUUUUUAAAUCCCUGGUGCUCAAAUUUUUAAACAACUACAAAUCAGGAAGCCAUUUUCACUCUUGGAGUCCAAGGAGAAAAAGGAGCUUGAUGUUUUAUUUUAGCAGCUAUAGUGGAGAUCUUUUAUUGAAUGCAUGGCAUUCGCAACUGUAAAUUUGGUCUUCUAAAUACUUAACUUCAUCAGAAGUUAACAUGAUCUGUUUACCAUUUAUAGUCCAGAUCUGAACAGAUAUUAUAACACAGGCACUUAAAAUACUUACGUAUUAGGUCCAGAUCUCUGUACUGGGUACAACUUGCUUUACAGGAAAGUUCCACUAUGUACAUAAAUAGGAUCAAAGGGAUUGAUGCACAGUGAGUUUAUUUUCAAUUGGUCUUUUUUGAUAUCAUGUUUUCACUGAACUGGAUUUCAUUGUACUGUUUCAUUAUGAGAUGUUUACUUCUAUGUUCCAGGAAGAUACUGUAUUGGGGGGGAGGGGUUUCCUUAUUCUCUUUCAACAAGUCUUGUAAAUAAGCCUUGUUGUUUCCAUAGUCCAGUUCCUAACUCCAGUUAGGAAUGUUCCUUCUCUUCCAAUUAACAUUGAAGUGUGCUUAUGCUAAACUAAUGGAAAGGCACAAGGUAGGUGCAGCUCCCCUCAAAUUCCUGGCUAGCAGAAGUGUGGAACCAUCUGCAUCAGGUCAAGAGGGUCUGGUCUUCCAGUGGUGUUUGUACUUCCAGGGAAUAAACCCUGAUCUCCCACUUCCAUGCACACACAUCCAUCCAUGUGUCCAUCCGUGCUGCUGGAUCGGGCCCUUGCUCUGUCUUCUCCUGCUGUGGGAGAUGGAACUUGCAAUUUAAAAUGCGAUCUCACAGCUCUGGAAAUGGUUGCGUGUAGUUUGUAAGCUGAAAAACUGUAAAUACUUUUUUAGAUGAGAAAAAAAAAAAAAAAAGAGUUGCUUCCAGUUGAUAACGUUUUUUUCGUAAAUUAGGUUUGUGAAGCUUAUACAGGUCUGAAUUCUCCAAUAGUGAAAAUGGCUUGCACUUAGACUACUGCAUUAAGUUUGCAAUUACCACUUUAUUAGGAAAAAUAAUGAGGAACUGGGGGGAGGGAAAAGGGGAGGGAGCAGUGGGGAGCCAAUACUGACCUUCAGUAAGAUGUUUGUAGGAUUGAACCCCAAAUAACCUAUGACACUCAGCUUUUCCUUUAUGUUGAAAUAAAACAUUUUGGAUUUAACUGAAUAAAAUUUGAUUGCAAAUCAUUCAUGAAAACAGCGUGCUCCCUAAUAAGAUUUUGGGAUUUCUGGUCUAAUCAUGAAGUCCAUUAACAUUCUGAAAAUAAGGAAAUGAGGAGCCAAAAAACUGAAUUUGCACAAUAUAUGCAAUGAAACGGUAGAAUUCUCUCUUGAACUGUGUGUAUGCCUAAAAUGUGGAUAACUGGUCCAUGAUGAUUGAUUUGUAUGUAUAUUACAUUCAGAUUUAAGUGAUAUUUUGUGAGAAGUUCUAUUGAUAUAUUAAAUGGGCAAAUCUAGAAAGAUUCAAACUUUUAAAUAUUUUUGAUUUACUAACUUUUCAUUAUUCUUAAUGCUAAAACAAAACAAAUUGAUGCCACCUUUGACAAGUAGUCGUGUUUACUAAUCCCUCUCUUCAGGUGCAUCGCAGCAAGUUUUUAAUUUUCAUUUUGUAGAUGUUUCCAAGGGAUUAAAUAGACUUUUCAUUUAGGAACUAGUUCCUGUGCUUUAGGAAGAAAUAAAAUAUAUAAAUAGCACUAAAAAUACCUCAAAUUUUUCAUUAGAUAGAAGCAUUUAUUGGCAUUAUUGACAUCAACAGGUUUAAUUAUAAACUUCCUUUUCUCUCCUGUGGCUUCUGCUCAGAACUGUUCAUUGUUCUGUGGCUAAUGAGACAAGGCAUCAUAACCAUCUUCCUAGAGGCUUUAUUUCUGAGGUAGAAAUCCUUCAUUUACAGCUUCUACAGAAUGCAUUCAGAUCUUUUAUUUUAACCAGAGAUUCUAGUGACAACAGACAACUGAACAAGCAGAUAGAUUUGGGUUCCUUAGACCUGUUAUUGUCAGUCUCUGAGGGAAGAGACUUUGACAUUAUCUGGUAUGAAGAAAUCCAAAAUAGUGUAUAAGACUGUUAUUAGUCUUUUUUUGAAGUGCCUGAUAACAUUUAUGGGCCAACGGAUGUGAUUGAACACAUUUUAAUGCCAGAAAGUACAGAUGGGACCAAACCAGAACAUGGAAUUCAAAUCCACUGAGGUUUGAAACCAGAUCUAAAUCCAGCUUUUUUUGGCUUGGACCUAUCUCUACCCAAAACUUGUUUUAUGAACUCACUGUAAAAGGGUUUAUUGAAAGCAUUGAGAGGUGGAGCAGGAGGAGAGAUGUAAUUUUUUUCAAGAUGACUGAAAGUUCUCAUACAGCUGAUGUUUUAGAAAUAGUGCAAAUAUCAAGAAGUGCUUCCUUGCUACAAUGCUGAAUGUUGGAGCUUCAGUUACAAAUAAAUAAAUAAAUAAAAAUUAACAAAAAAAUAUGAAAAAAAAAAAAAAGAAACUAGAAGCAAGCAAGUAAUUUAGCUGAGUUUGUGGAACAUGUGGAAAGGCCUUCCGGAUAAUCAAUUUACUCAGCCAAACAUUUUAUAGCAGAACUAUUCCUUGGAAUUUUUAUGCUUGGGAAAGUAAUUGUUAAACAUUCCAAAAAGUGCUGGCACUUACAAAACAACAACAAAAAAUAAAAUCAACAAGGCAGUAUAAAAUAUCGGUUUUGGGUGGCUAUCUUCAUAAGCAUUGUCAUGUUUUGGAAUGUUCUUUAUCUCUAAGGGCCUGUUAGAAGGUGUAAAGAAUUUUGUUUUCUUCAAUACCUAAUCGUUUUCCAUCUUAUGAUUUGUGUGUGUGUGUUGUACAGCAGUAUAAUUUUUCACUUAUUUAUUCCAUCGGUAGUUAUGGUUUGUACAAUGUACAAUGGUUUCAUUUCAAAAUAAAAUAAAAAAUCACAACAUGAA